AAAACAAAGUGAGGACGAGAGUUAAACACAGAAAAAAAGAGAGAAAAAAAAGUGAGUCGAGAGUUUGUGAGAUCAGAGAUCUAUUUUUUGGUUUUUCGUUCGUUGUUGAUUUUUUCGAAUAUUCCCCCUCUCUGUAUCACCCCGCUUCUCUGAAUCCCUUUCUGUUAAUCAUCUGUCUUUCCAGUUCUGAUUUUUGGGUUUGUUUUGAUUUUUUUUUUCAAUUCAACUAAGAAAAAAAGAGCGAACUUUGAAAAGAUUUCAAGAAAGCCAGGUGUUUUCAGAAUCGAGAUCCAGGUUUUUUUUUUUUGUAACUUCUGGAUUAUACCCUUUUCUUUUGGUAAAUUAUAGUUUUUUUUUUUUCCUUUUCAAAUUUUAAUUUGGCUUAGAGGGUUAUUUUUGGUUUCCCUCAAGGUUGUUUCUUUUUCGUUUUUGGUUUAGGACCUUUGUGUAGACGACGAGGUUGAGUAUUAUAAACCUCUUUAUUCAGAUAAAUUUUUAAUUUUUCUGAAAACCCAGUACCUGUUCUUUGAUUUUGGUUAAGAACCAGGUCGAUUUCUUUUGAUUUGAUUUUUUUAAUCUUAAUUUUCUAAUAUCUUAAUUAGCAUGGCGGCUGCAAUGGAUUUCUACAGUACUAGACCUGUUCAGUCAGAUCCCUUGAGGGGUGAGCUAAUGGAAGCACUUGAACCUUUUAUGAAAAGUGAUUCCCCAACUAUCCAAUCACCUGAAUUUUCUUCUUCUACUUCACCCUAUCUUCCUUCUUCUUCUUACCUUUCUUUCUCUUCCUCUGUCCAAACACAGCCCGGUUUCUUCCAAGAUGGUUGCUCUACUUCGACUACCCAAGUGUUUUCAAAUGGGUUUUCGAGCCAGAACCUCGGUUUCGAGCAACAACAACCGGGCUUAAUUGGACUCAACAGCCUAACCCCUUCUCAAAUCCACCAGAUCCAAUCACAAAUCCAGUUCCAAAACCACCACCAACCACAAUCCCAUCUGGGUUUCCAGCCCAACCACCAUGGCCUCAGAUUUUUGGGCCCGAACCCUAUCCCAAUGAAGCAAGUAGGUUCACCUCCGAAGCCCACCAAGCUUUACAGAGGGGUAAGGCAACGGCAUUGGGGAAAAUGGGUCGCUGAGAUCCGUCUCCCUAAGAACCGGACCCGGCUUUGGCUUGGCACCUUCGAUACCGCGGAGGAAGCCGCCUUGGCCUAUGACCGUGCUGCCUUCAAGCUCAGAGGUGAUUUCGCCAGGCUUAAUUUUCCCCACCUCCGCCACCAGGGCUCUGCCGAGUUGGGCGACUUCAAGCCUCUUCACUCCUCCGUCGAUGCGAAGCUUCAGGCCAUUUGUCAAAACCUGGCCGAAUCGCAGACCCAGGGUAAAAAGAAGGCUGAGAAGUCCACAACGACGGCUGCCUCCAAGAGAUCGGCUGCGGCAGCGAAGAAAUCUUCGCCGGCACCGGUUGUGUAUCAGGAAUCGGAAAUCUGUUUGAAGGCAGAGAUCAGCUUCUCGUCGCCGGCGAUGACUGAGAGUGAUGGGUCAGCGGGAUCUUCGCCUUUAUCGGAUUUGACGUUCCCAGAUCAGGUGGAGUCGCAAUGGGAGUACACUGUUCCGGAGAACCACAUGCUGGAGAAAUAUCCUUCAGAGAUCGAUUGGGCAUCUAUUUAUCUUGACUCUUAAGUAGCCCUUGUUAUGUAUGUGUGUUUUUUUGAAUGUAAUCUUUGUUCAAAAAAUGUCCUCUUUUCGUAGUUUCAGGAUAGAUUUCUAGGGUUGGGGUCAUAUAUUAGUACAUGGCUACUGCAAUGAAUUUUUUAACAGUUGCAGAUCCAUUCUUUUAGUCAAUUGGGUUAUUAUUUUUACUAUAUUGUCAAUAGUGAUGUAAAUCUCAACCAUGGUCUGCUGGUUUUUUUUCUCUUGUUAGUCCAUGGGAGACGUAAGGAGCUUUUGUUUAUUUAUCCUCUCUUGUAACCUUUCCUUGUUGGUGUUCAUAAAUUAUUGUAGUCUAGUGUCUUUGUAUUUCAAUAAUUAAUGUUUAAUUCUCAUAA